GAUCUAUUUUGUUUGCUCAGUCAAGAGCCCACAUCAAAGUUCAAUUGUGUAUUCAAUUCUGUGCUCUUCUCACAAACAACUGAGCCCUCUCCACCAGCACAACAAAAGCCUUCAGGAUGGUGCUCCUUGGGCUCGUGUGUGUGGCCUGUCUCCUGGUCAGUCCUUCUCUCGCUGGGAUCAAAGAUCUCAGUUCUCACUUUUCUACGUCAAACCAAAAUCCCAGAGGUUUUGAGCAGUCAGACCCAGAGGACGUGGAGGCCAUUCCUUUAGACUUCCACAGAGAGAAUACCGUCACUAACGACCUAGUUUUGGACGGCUUUGAGGACGAAGACUAUAUUGAUUUUGACAAAAUUCUUGCAGCAGGAAGUGAUGACUAUGUUGAAGGAGAUGAAAUUGAUGAGAUCGCCACACCAGCACCCGACAUCGACAUCUUUGCGGAGUCCUCUGAUCCGAAAAUACGCAGAGCAAGACUGUUACGACUUUACAGCAGUCGCUCUCGUCUUCAGCGCCUGAACAUCAUCAAUGCCAGGUUUGGGUUCAACCUCUACCGCAGUCUUCGCAAUGACGUUAACCAGACUGACAACAUCCUGCUGGCCCCCGCUGGAAUCUCCAUCGCAAUGGGAAUGAUGUCUUUAGGAGCGGGAUCUCAAACUCACGAGCAGAUCUACAAGGCUAUGGGUUUUGCAGAUUUUGUCAACGCCAGCCAUCACUAUGACAACACAACAGUGCACAAACUUUUCAGGAAGUUGACGCACAGACUCUUUCGUAGAAAUUUCGGCUACACUCUGCGCUCUGUCAACGAUGUUUAUGUGAAGCAGGAUGUCAAAGUUAAAGAUGGUUUUCGUGAAGAGACAAAAGCGUAUUACUUUGCCGAGCCACAAUCAGUGAAUUUUAAAGACCCCGCUUUUCUAGACAAGGCAAAUCGUCGGAUCCAGAAGCUGACCAAAGGCCUCAUCCAGGAACCACUUAAAAAUAUCGACCCGAAUAUGGUUCUGAUGCUCCUCAACUACCUGUACUUUAAAGGCACAUGGGAGCAGAAAUUUCCAAAAGAGAUGACCUACUAUCGUAACUUUAGAGUGAAUGAAAAGACGUCUGUCCGUGUGCCCAUGAUGACCAACAAAGGCAACUACAUGGCUGCAGCUGACCAUGAACUGGACUGUGACAUUCUACAACUCCCAUACACAGGAAACAUCAGUAUGCUUAUAGCGCUACCAAGAAAGAUUACAGGUAUGAGGACCUUGGAGCAGGAGAUUUCCCCUACUGUGGUUAAUAAAUGGCUGAAAAACAUGACAAACAGGACACGUGAAGUGGUGCUCCCUCGUUUUAAACUAGAGCAGAACUAUGACCUAAUCCCAAAUCUGAAGGAGAUGGGCCUCACAGACCUUUUUGAACAAAAUGGUGAUUUCAGUGGAAUGACGUCUGAAAAGCUCUCCAUGAACUGGCUAAAGCAUCAAGGCACAAUCACAGUGAAUGAGGAGGGCACAGAGGCAGCCGCUUUGACCCAGGUGGGCUUUAUGCCGCUCUCCUCUCAGAUCAGAUUCGUUGUGGAUCAUCCUUUCCUCUUCCUGAUCUAUGAGCACCGGACAGACUGCCUUGUGUUCAUCGGCAGAGUGGCCAACCCUUCACAAAACUAAAUCACACAUAACGCUGACUGUAGUGGUGGGCGAUAUGCCAAAAAAUUAAUAACACAAUUUUCUCGGAGACAGACUGCAGUUUAGAUUUUUGUCACGAUUCAUGUAAACUCUUGAGCUGACUGUGUAUUGCCUUGAAGGAGUAACUUAAGUAAUUUGCUUCAAUGUCUUUGAUUUAGUAUAAAGCUACAUUCAAGAAGCUUUGCCGAUCACAAUAUGGCGAUUUUACCAAAAAAAUAUCAUACUGUCACAUGAGGGACUGUACCGCCCAGCCCUUGCUCACUGUUUAGCUUCAUAACCACAUAUAAUGGCCAGAAACAUUUUUAGGAUUUUUUAUUUUAUUGUAAUUAAUAAAAGACAAUGUAAGCUGAAAAGUAUUCUCCUGUAGUUUACUAAAUAUUAAAAAUUAACCUUAUAUUACAUUUACAUUUGAAGUCAGUUUAUUGUUGGUUAAUGUUUAACUAUUGAAUGUUGCCAAAAGUAAACUAAUAAACUUAAUUUGAUAUAUGUUUUUCAU